AUGUCGUCCACAUCUACAGCGCCGACGCAUACAUCGACUCCUACUUGUCCUGGGGGAAAAUGUCACAUGCCGACCGAUACUGGCGGCACCGCCAUUCUAAUUGGGGUACUUGUUCCGCUCGCUAUCAUCGCGCUCGGUCUGGGAAUUGUUGUCUAUAAGGUAUGGAAACGUAAUAAGCGAGAAGCUCUAGAAGACUACGAUCCAAACUUCGUGGGGGACGCCGAAUUCGUUCCGGUUUUCGUCGGCGGGGGACAUUACCCGGCUUCUGUUCCAGCCGCAUAUCCUUCUAAUCACGAUUUCCAUGACUGGAAGGAGGAAGCAAGUAUGGAGCGGUAUACUAAUAAGCGGGAAUAA